AUGUCGACCGCCAUUCAGCCCUCCCCGUCGGCUCCUGCUGCCUCGGGCGCGGAGGCUCAGGAGGCCACGCCGAAUCCGAUCAAUGUUCCGAUUGUCGUCAGGAAUUUCAAGGCGUCUGACCUACCGCUCACCUCGGCCACACGAUCUGCGAUCGAAGGGUUAGCUCACAGCUUCAAGAAAAAGGGCGGAUAUGAUACCAUUCGGAAACAAGUCUGGGAGAAGUUCGCUAGUGACCACGAAUCCGAGAUUGUCAAACAAAUCCUCCAAGUAGCCGAGCAAGAAGUCGAGCGCAACCCCUUACAACUGCUUUCCCUCGACCGAGGCAAAGCAGCGGCCCUCAUCGACGGCGCCCUCGACCGAAACGAAGUCUACCAGAAGGCACAGGCCGUUAUUGAGAGCCUCAUCGAUACCGACGCACUCGAGGCUCAUCUCCGCAAACUUCGACGUGCAGAGAUAGGUGACGAGGCGGCCGAAGAAGAGCGUAUCCGCGGCUCCAAGACGGACGAAGAAUAUGCAGCCGAGACUGCCGCGCGUCGUGCAGAGAGGGAACGCGUACGUGAAGAGCUCAGAUUGGUGGAGGAGAAGAAGCGAAGACUGGAGCGUGAAAUCAAGGAAAAGGAAGAGCAGAAGCGACGAGAAGAGCGGAGGAAGAAGCAGCUCGAGGAAGACGCCAUCAGGGAAAAGGAACGCGAGGAGAGGCGCGCACGACGGGAACAACGUGAACGGGAAAGGGAACUCAGCCGUGAACGCCGCCACCGGGAGAGGGAUCGAAACCGGAGCAGGGAUCGUGAUCGCCACAGAGACCGUGAUCGUGAUCGUGACCGGGACCGGGGCCGAGGGAGGUCGAGAGACAGGUCAAGAGGUCGGGACAGGGGCCUUAGUAGGGACGCCAAAGCCAGGAACGACCAUGGCCGCCCGGAGGAUGUGAAAACGCAACUUUCCAAAGAGGAUAAUGAACGCCUGGAACAAGAGGCGUUGGCCGACCUUUUGCGCGAGAGCAAGCGCGUAGCUGCGAAACAACCCGAGCUAGAGGUCGAUACUACCCUGGCACCACCACCCAGACGGACAAAGCCUGCAUCUGCCAUCGAUCCAAUCCGCCGAGCAUCACCAAAGGUCUCUGAGGUCAAGAAGACAGCAGAUACUGCGGGAAAACCAGGAGUUACUGAGGAGACAAAGGACGUCACUGAAGCUAAGGAGGUCAUUGACACUAAAGACGUCAAGGAACCGAAGGAAACCGCCAGCCGGGUCGAGUCGCGAAGGAGCAAGAGUCCUUCUCCAGGGACUCGCGGACAUCGCGACAAGGAGAAGGAGAAGGACAGGGAGGGUGAGAAAGACAGAGGCCGUGAUUACGAUCGGAGACGGAAAGACAACAGGUCAGCCUCCCCGCGCGCGCGGCGGAUCGAGCGAAGCCGUUCACACAGGCGAGAGGACAGUCGCUCCCGUCUUCGUGAUCGGAGAGAGCGUAGCCGGUCGCGUCCCAGAUUGGACCGCCGAGACGAUCGACGAGAGGAUCAUGUCAGAGAUCGGAGCCGUUCUCGACGGAGGGCGACAGACCGUCGCGACAGGAGCCGCUCACGAGUCAGAAUCACCGACAGGAGAGACGACACCAGACGGGCUAGAAGCCGUUCACGCGCCACACGAGAUGGCCGUGACAGAAGCCGCUCUCCACGCCCUAGAGUUGAUCGCCGGGAUCGUUCGCGGUCUCGCUUGCGGCCAGCAGAUCGGGAUCGGCGAGUAAGAAGCCGCUCCCGCUCGCGUGAGCGACGGGAAGCUGAAACAACAGAUACGACCGCCGGUGCCGCCGCCACACAAAUUCCCAAGAGCCCUAAUAUUACCGUCACCAAGGACAUUGCCAUUGCUCCUAUCUCUACUACACGAGUAGCACCGCCCACCCCAGGCGGCCCAACCACCACCGGCAUGUCAACAAUUGCCGUGCCCAUGAUCACAACCCCUCUCUCCAUAGCCUCGACCGCCCCUCGCCCACCCUCCCACCUCGACCGCGACGAAAAGGAAGCUUGGAAACAAGCCGAAGUGAAGAAGCGUGAGCAGGAAGCCAAGGCCUACCUAGCAGCGCAGAAGCAAGCCCGCGAGAAGGGCAUGCCCAUCCCGGGAAUCGACGAUAAGCGUGUCGGGGGCGGCAAUGGCACCCCCCUCGGAAGCACCAACGGAGGUGACCGGUCGCCUGAUCUCAAGCGGAGACGAGGAAACGACCGAGACGCCAGGGACACUCCCCGAGACAGCAGGGACAAUAAUAACAAUAACAACAACAACAACAACAACAACAACAACAACAACAACAACAACAACAACAACAACAACAACAACAACAACAACAACAACAACAACAAAAACAACAACAACAACAACAACAACAACAACAACAACAACAACAACAACAACAACAGCAGCAGCAGCAACCGCGACCAUAACCGUGCUGGUGAUCGGGGUGACCGCGAUCGCGAACGUGAACGUGAAGCCCCCCUGAUUGACUCGGAUAACCGGUAUGUCCCUUCCACUGCUGCGAGGGUCGUUGCCGAGCGAGAUCGGGAGAGGGACAGAGAGGCCAGAGAGGCCAGGGAGGAGCGUGAACGUGAGCGCGAAAGGGACAGGGAACGAGACCGGGACAAACCUCGUCCGGGACCGGAUCGCUAUGAUGGCGACCGAGGCCGAGAUGAGAGGGGUGAACGGGAUAGGGAUAGGGAUCGUCGCGAUCGUGACCGCGACCGGGACCGUGAUCGUGACAGAGAUCGUGAACGAAACAGGGAUAGGGAUAGGGACAGGGAUAGGGACAGAGACAGAGACAGAGACCGCGACAUGCGAGAUGAUCGCCGUCGAAGCUCGAUGGUCCGUCGCCGCAGCCGAUCGAGGAGCCGCGGGGACCGCGGCGGCGAUCGUGAGCGAGACCGUCACCGUGACCGGGACCGGGACAGUCGGCGUGAGAGAAGUCGCGAUAGGGAUAAGGAUCGCGAUAGGGAUAGGGAUAGGGAAAGUAGAGACCACCGAGGAGGGGAUCUUCGCCGUAACAGCCAUCACCACAGUAGGCGGGACAGGAGUCUGUCAACAUCCAGACGGGACCGUGACCGCGAUCGGGAUCGUGGAGGAGGGAGGCGGGAUAGGAGUCGUAGCCAAAGACGGUAGGGACGUUAAAGGCACCGACUUCUUUUGCUGUAUACCCAAGAUAAAAGAUAGGAUCAGGCUCAUAUAAACUCAUAAUCAAAAAAAUACUGUCCCCUCACCCCACAUAUCCAAUAUGGUAAGGGGGGACAGUAUUUUUUGACUAUGACUGUAGCUUAGGCGUAUAAUUGGCUCAAG